AUGAUACACAAUGCAGGCUUUGCUGCGAUCAACUACAUUGCCAGCGUCAUUAUACUCAUCCCGAUGCCAUUUCACAUCAGCAACCGUAAUCUGGCCGUUUGUUGUCUCUUUGCGACCAUCUCCUUCGGAUGUCUCUUCACAGCGGUGAAUGCAACUGUCUGGCAAGAGCUCAAGAAUCCCGUUCCCACCGGACCUGGCUAUUGCGACGUUGCAAUACGCUUCUUGGACGUCAUGCAAAUCAUAUGUCUAGGCUGUGGGCUGGCCAUCUUGCGCUAUCUGUCUGGCAUCCUUCGAAGUCGAGGCGCUUCAGCAACAAGUCAUGUCAAUAAAACUCGGCAAGCCCUCACAGACUUAGCCAUCAUAUACACUUUGCCGGUCCUCGCCCUGAUGGUACAAGGUCUGUUUCUGAACCCAAACCGAUACCUGAUCCAACCAACCUUUGGCUGUCGUAUGGCACUGCCGAACACGAAAUUGACAGUCAUCUAUCUCUUGCCGUCGCCGAUCCUCGCCUUGGCUUGUGCUGUCUAUGCGAUCCUCAUCAUUCUGGCACUGUACAAAAAGAGGAAGGAAUUCCAGGAGAUUCUGCAUAUGUCGCAGUCUGGGCUCAGCUCAGCCAGGUUCAUUCGACUGUUUGUGCUUGCAUUUGGGGCAUUGGCUUUCUUCGUUCCUCUUGCCAUUGUCGAGAGUUAUCAGAAGUUUAAUCACUUUGUGGGACCUGGCGCUCAGACUGCACCAUACAACCUAAAGGAGUUGUCGCCGUUUUGGAAGAACGACAAGGGCAAAAUCGCGAUUUUCUACGGAGUUGCGGAUAAAGUCAGCUUCCUGUACUAUGUGUUCCCGCUGUCGGCUUUCUUCUUUACUGCCAUGUUUGGCGUUGGCAGGGAAGCGAAUAAGGCGUACAAGCGAUGGGCUCGUGCCGUCGGACUCGGCAAGGUGGUCGAUCGUGUCGAGAAGAUCUCCCUCCCGGCCUUUGCCUCCCGGAUGACAAGCAGAUUGCUCAGCAUCGGCAGGUCGCGGUUGUCGACCAGCGCAACUUCCCUCGACUCAGAGUACGACAUGAAGGGCGUGCAGUCCAUUUCUUCUCAGGCAGGGACUUCUAGCGACGGCGAGAAGAAUGGCAUCAUGGAGCUUGAUCGCGGUCACAAUCAAAAGACAUCGAGCAAAACACAAGCUCGCGUCUGGAGUGAAACUGGCGUUCCAUGCUCCCCGCACAAGAUCAAGGUCUUUUCCGAGGCAGCACAAUCGUCUGUUUAG